AUGGCAACAAGAGAAGACACAGAAACAGAAUACAGACUUUCUCUGCACGACGACUUGGCCCCGCAGCGCCUCAGCAGCAGCAGCAGCAGCAGCAGCAGCAGCCGUUGGGAGUAUAACAGCAGCAGCAGACUGAGCACUUGCUGCUGCUGCGGCAACAGAAUAGCAGCAGCAGGAGCAGCUAAAGAGAUACCUAUGAGAACAGCAGCAGACAGCGGCAGCACGAGGCCCACAGCAGUAGCAGCAGCAGGUGCAGCAGCAGCAGCAGCAGAGAAGGCACGAAAGCAGCAGCACCGCCAAAGUCGCAGGAGCAGCAGCAGCAAGCCCGCAACAACAGCAGCAGCAAAGCAGCAACCCCUUCUCAGCAGCAGCAGCAGCAGCAGCAGCAGGGGCGGCAGGGGCGCGGGCAGGGGCGGCAGGGGAAGCGGCAACGAGACCUGCAAGUGGAGGCCCAAGAAAGCUGCUGCUGCUGCUGCUGCUGCUGCUGCAGCAACCACCCCCUGGAGCAGCAAAGACAAACUGCUGGUGGAGCUGGGGGGUUUGUUUGAGCAGCAGAUGCAGCGGCGGGUCAACCGGCGCAUAGCUGCGGCUGCUGCUGCUGCUGCUGCUGCUGCUGCUCCCGCCGCUGCCCCCGCUGCUGCUGCUGCUGCUCCUGCUCCUGCUGCUGCUGCUUCUUCCGAAGUUAUCAUGAGAGUCCCCAGCGAUGGACUGCCGGUGCUGCAAACUGAAAAGUUUAUUCUCAAAGCAGCAGAAGACAUUCCAAUUCCUUCCAUGCUUUCUUGGCUUUUCAAAUUCGAAAACAAAGACCACUGUUUGCUGCUCAACUCCCUCUACAGCGCUUUUGGAGACGCCAAAAAUAAUGCAACUCUUUUUUUGACUUCUUCGCAAAGAGAUUUUUACAGCCUCGCGGCGCUGCUGGAUCAAGAGGGACUUUUGGAGAUUCCCGAAGAGUAA